CGAUCGUCGUCCCUCUAUUCUCGCAUUUUGCAUUAUUUUAUUCUGGCUGCCCGCGUUGGGAAAGGUGGCGCGUGCGAUUAUUUAGUGCCCCUAGCGAAAAUAAAACAGAGCUGCCGAGUCGUCUGCGGUUUCGCUUGUUGUUCCGUCGCAAAAGAGUGUGUGUAAGCCCUGAGGCUUGGCCCAAUGUCCACGUGGUCCGACGGAUCUGCGAGACUGGCCUUGUUCCCGCCGGCGCCGCCGUCGAGCAGCUUUUCGUGUGGCGUCGAUCCGCAGUCUUCGGUGUCCGACUUCUAUUGGAACAACCGGAGGCUGACUCAGGUACCUCCACCUCCUCUUCAUCUACUUGCUCCUCCGCCAAAGGCAAGGAUGUCGCAGGUUGGAGACGGAUUGCACACGCCGAUGCAGCUCUCUUGGCGCAAACUUCAGCUCAGCAGGGCCAAACUGAAAGCUUCCAGCAAGACUUCCGCUCUGCUCUCCGGCUUCGCUAUGGUAGCGAUGGUUGAGGUGCAACUUAACGAGAAGACACAAGUGCCCAAUGGAAUGUUGAUCGCCUUUGCUGUGUGCACCACAUUGCUCGUUGCGGUGCACUUGUUGGCGCUGAUGAUCUCAACCUGCAUACUCCCUAACGUUGAGGCCAUAUGCAACGUGCACAACGCCAACCUGGUCAAUGAAUCGCCCCAUGAGCGGCUUCACUGGUACAUCGAGGCUGCUUGGGCGUCGUCAACCCUUUUAGGCCUCUUGCUCUUCCUGAUCGAAAUUGCCAUUCUUUGUUGGGUGAAAUUUUACGAUUACUCAGUUGAAGCGGCCUGGUCUGCAUGCAUAGUGCUGAUUCCGGUGGUGUUUCUUUUUUUGGUUUUUGCGUUGCAUUUCUACCGCUCUCUGAUGACCCACAAGUACGAGGUGUCUGCCAGUGGCAUCCGAGAACUCGAGGCACUCAAACAGCGCAUGGACGAGGAGGACUUGGAGAGCAAUAGGACUAACAACGGCAACUUCAACGUGCAAGUUGUGUGAAGUUUGCUCUUUAAAUUACUCAGCGUUGGUUUUUUCCUUAUUUAUACUUUUGUGUGUUUCUUUCUUAUUCCUUUACUUGACUUAAUUCAGAGAAUUGACGCAGAUAUAUUUAUGUGUUUACUGAAAUUGUAUUGGCAUUUAUAUUGACACAUAAUGAACAUCACAAAAUGAAAAUUUUAAUAUUUUUCUUCUGGUACUUAAUAAUUUAAGUAGCCUUUUGGAUGCUGCCUUUUUGGGUGUCUGAAGCACACAUUAAAUUUUUUAUUGCUCUCUUAUACACAUACCAAAUUAUAAAUUGGGUCCUCUGUAGGAUAUAAGAUUUAAACAAACUGUGUUCACAACGGAAAACUUUCUUAAUGACAGAAGUUUACAAGCGCCUAAAUGAUUAAGAUAUCAGCAGGAGACACUACUUUGAUCCCUUUUGAAACAUUUUACUGUGCAUAGUGUAUGAUAGCAUUUUUACUAUGUUAUUAAUUUAUUAAAAAGACCUGCAUUGUGUGAUUUUUAGAUUAAAUGAAAACAUGCCACUUGUAGAGCAGUCAUAGAGUAAAAAAUGACAAAAACUAACAAAUAUUGAAACUAUGUUGUUUCCAUGAAUGAGAUAAACGGGCCUUUAAAAAUAAAACCCCAGUAAUUAAUAGUGGUUUUAUCCAUAGUUUUCAUGUAAUAUUAACAACUUUUUGUAAUUUUAUACUCAUUGAAUUUGUAACAAAGCAAUACAAUGACAAAUUACCAAUUUUUAAUUUAAAUGAUUUAUUGUGUGUAAUAUCUGAAUAUAAAGAACCACUUGAUCUGAAUUUAUUUUUCACGACUGUUCACCACAAUAAGAUGAUAUGAAUAGAUUUAUGUUUGUAAAUAAAUGACAAGUUGGGCUCGUGUACACAUCAAUGAAACCGGCAAAGAUCUUUAACCCAAUUACUUUGAAUUGUUUACAAUCUGUUGCAGAAUUUCCCGAGGCAAUAAAUCUUACAAAGUUUACACAAUCUACAAACGAUAUGUAUUGAUAAAACGCAAUAAACACACAAAAAUAAAGUUGCCUUUUAUCUCUGACCAGUGACUAAGUAUAAUUGUCAUGAAUUUUCAAUGAAGUUUGACUAUCCUUGAGACUUUAGUGAUAAGAUGAAAGUCUGGAGAUAUUUUAUUAUCACUAAUAUAAGCAUGAUUGCUAAUUGCUUCUUUUUAUUGGAAUGACGGAAUGCCCUUU